CCAGAACGGUUUGUGCAAUUCAGAAACUCGAUAGGAGGCAGCAGCUGAUCUCCCACCACCCUAAAAAUAAUCUGCUCGGGCGGCGCUGCGUGCUUCUGCUAGGGGAGGACAGCUGUCAUCGGAGAGUUCUGCGUCCUGGUUUGAAAUUUACAGCUUAAGACGGUGUAGGUAGUCUGAUGUUUUGAAAGUAGCACAAGUGCACCCGCAGGGGUUUGAAGCAGCACCAAGAGUGAACCAUAUACGAAGACAUGAGCCUUUCAUUUUGUGGUAACAACGUUUCUUCGUAUAAUAUCUAUGACGGUGUGUUAGAGAACACCUGCUUUGUGGAUGCCCUCAACCUGGUCCCUCACGUCUUCCUACUGUUUAUCACUUUUCCAAUAUUGUUCAUUGGAUGGGGGAGCCAAAGUUCAAAAGUACAAAUUCAUCACAACACAUGGCUGCAUUUUCCUGGACAUAACCUGAGAUGGAUUCUUACAUUUGCGCUCCUGUUUGUGCAUGUUUGUGAAAUAGCAGAGGGCAUCGUGUCAGACUCGCGGCGGGAGUCCAGGCAUCUCCACCUCUUCAUGCCGGCUGUGAUGGGGUUUGUUGCCACUACAACAUCCAUUGUGUAUUAUCAUAAUAUUGAAACAUCAAAUUUUCCUAAAUUACUUUUAGCCCUAUUCCUGUAUUGGGUAAUGGCCUUUAUUACAAAAACAAUAAAAUUGGUGAAGUACUGGCAGUGUGGUUGGGGCUUAUCAGAUCUGCGUUUCUGCAUCACUGGCAUGAUGGUCAUCCUGAAUGGGCUCCUGAUGGCUGUGGAGAUCAACGUUAUUCGGGUCAGAAGAUACGUAUUUUUCAUGAAUCCUCAGAAAGUAAAGCCUCCUGAAGACCUCCAGGAUCUAGGAGUGAGAUUUCUUCAGCCGUUUGUGAAUUUACUCUCAAAAGCAACAUACUGGUGGAUGAACACACUUAUCAUCUCUGCUCACAAAAAGCCUAUUGAUCUGAAGGCCAUUGGGAAAUUGCCAAUAGCAAUGAGGGCAGUGACAAAUUAUGUUUGCCUGAAAGAUGCAUAUGAAGAACAAAAGAAAAAAGUGGCAGAUCAUCCAAAUCGGACCCCGUCUAUAUGGCUUGCCAUGUACAGAGCUUUUGGGCGACCAAUUCUACUUAGCAGCACAUUCCGUUAUCUGGCUGACUUACUGGGUUUUGCUGGACCUCUCUGUAUUUCUGGAAUAGUUCAGCGUGUGAAUGAGACCCAGAAUGGUACAAAUAACACAACGGGAGUAAGUUCCUGGUGCUUUCUAAAGGAAACAUUAUUGGCAGAUUGCAUUGCAAUUGUCACUUCUUAUGCCAUGAUAUACAAUAAAAUCCUCAGGCUUUCUACAUCUAACUUAUCCAUGGGUGAGAUGACCCUGGGACAGAUUAACAACUUGGUCGCCAUUGAAACCAAUCAACUCAUGUGGUUUUUGUUCCUGUGUCCUAAUCUAUGGGCUAUGCCUGUUCAGAUCAUAAUGGGCGUGAUUCUGCUCUAUAAUUUACUUGGAUCAAGUGCUUUGGUUGGUGCAGCUGUCAUUGUGCUCCUGGCGCCAAUUCAGUAUUUCAUUGCUACGAAGUUGGCAGAAGCUCAGAAGAGCACACUUGAUUAUUCCACAGAGAGACUGAAGAAAACCAAUGAAAUCUUGAAGGGCAUCAAGCUGUUAAAGUUGUAUGCCUGGGAGCACAUUUUCUGCAAAAGUGUGGAGGAAACACGAAUGAAGGAACUGUCCAGCCUCAAAACCUUUGCGCUUUAUACAUCGCUGUCCAUCUUCAUGAACGCAGCAAUUCCCAUAGCAGCUGUCCUCGCUACGUUUGUGACCCAUGCGUACACCAGUGAGAAUAACUUAAAACCCGCAGAGGCGUUUGCUUCGCUGUCUCUCUUCCAUAUCCUGGUCACCCCUCUGUUCCUGCUCUCCACAGUGGUCAGAUUCGCAGUCAAAGCCAUCAUAAGUGUUCAAAAGCUGAACGAGUUUCUCUUGAGUGAUGAGAUUGGUGACGACAGCUGGAGAACUGGUGAAGGUUCUCUUCCUUUUGAGUCCUGUAAGAAACACACUGCAGUCCCAAAAACUAUAAACAGGAAGCAGCCUGGAAGAUAUCACCUGGACAGCUAUGAGCCGUCAACGCGACGUCUGCGUCCCGCGGAGACAGAGGAUAUCGCAAUAAAGGUCACAAAUGGAUACUUUUCAUGGGGCAGUGGUUUGGCUACAUUAUCCAAUAUAGAUAUUCGAAUUCCAACAGGUCAGUUGACCAUGAUUGUGGGCCAAGUAGGGUGUGGAAAGUCUUCUCUUCUCCUUGCCAUCCUUGGUGAGAUGCAGACACUGGAAGGAAAAGUUCACUGGAGCAAUGUAAAUGAAUCUGAGCCUUCUUUUGACGCAACCAGAAGUAGGAACAGGUAUUCUGUGGCUUAUGCCGCUCAGAAGCCUUGGCUAUUAAAUGCCACAGUGGAAGAAAAUAUUACCUUUGGAAGCCCUUUCAACAAACAGAGGUACAAAGCUGUCACAGAUGCCUGUUCUCUUCAGCCAGAUAUUGAUUUAUUACCAUUUGGAGACCAAACUGAAAUUGGAGAGAGGGGCAUCAACCUGAGUGGGGGCCAGAGGCAGAGGAUCUGUGUGGCACGAGCUCUUUAUCAAAACACCAACAUUGUCUUCUUGGAUGAUCCGUUCUCUGCCCUGGACAUUCACUUGAGUGAUCACUUAAUGCAGGAAGGAAUUUUGAAAUUUCUCCAAGAUGACAAAAGGACACUGGUUCUUGUGACUCACAAAUUACAGUAUCUGACACAUGCUGACUGGAUUAUAGCUAUGAAAGAUGGAAGUGUGCUGAGAGAAGGGACUUUGAAGGACAUUCAAACCAAAGAUGUUGAACUUUAUGAGCACUGGAAAACACUUAUGAAUCGGCAAGAUCAAGAAUUAGAAAAGGAUAUGGAAGCCGACCAGACAACUUUAGAGAGGAAAACUCUCCGAAGGGCCAUGUAUUCAAGAGAGGCCAAAGCCCAAAUGGAGGAUGAAGACGAAGAGGAAGAAGAAGAGGAAGAUGAGGAUGAUAACAUGUCCACUGUAAUGAGGCUCAGGACUAAAAUGCCAUGGAAAACCUGUUGGCGGUACCUGACUUCUGGAGGAUUCAUCUUGCUCCUCCUCAUGAUUUUCUCUAAGCUUCUGAAGCAUUCAGUCAUUGUAGGCAUAGACUAUUGGCUGGCCACCUGGACGUCCAAGUACAGCAUAAACAAUACUGGAAUAGUUGAUAAGACCUACUAUGUGGCUGGCUUUAGCAUACUUUGUGGAGCGGGUAUUUUCCUUUGCCUUGUUACAUCUCUCACCGUAGAAUGGAUGGGUCUCACGGCUGCCAAAAAUCUUCACCAUAACCUUCUCAAUAAAAUAAUUCUUGGACCAAUAAGGUUCUUUGAUACAACACCCCUGGGACUAAUUCUCAAUCGCUUUUCAGCUGAUACUAAUAUCAUUGAUCAGCACAUCCCUCCAACUUUGGAAUCUUUAACUCGCUCAACACUGCUCUGCCUGUCUGCCAUUGGGAUGAUCUCUUUUGCUACUCCUGUGUUCCUGGUUGCUCUAUUGCCCCUUGGGGUUGCCUUCUAUUUUAUCCAGAAAUACUUUCGAGUUGCCUCUAAAGAUCUCCAGGAACUUGAUGACAGCACCCAGCUCCCUCUGCUUUGCCACUUCUCAGAAACAGCUGAAGGACUCACCACCAUUCGGGCCUUCAGGCAUGAAACCAGAUUUAAACAACGUAUGCUGGAACUGACGGACACAAACAACAUAGCCUACUUAUUUCUCUCAGCUGCCAACAGAUGGCUGGAAGUUAGGACGGAUUACCUGGGAGCUUGCAUUGUUCUCACUGCCUCUAUCGCAUCCAUUAGUGGGUCUCCCAAUUCUGGAUUUGUGGGCCUGGGUCUUCUGUAUGCACUUACGAUAACCAAUUAUUUGAAUUGGGUUGUGAGGAACUUGGCUGACCUGGAGGUCCAGAUGGGGGCUGUGAAGAAAGUGAACAGUUUCUUGACUAUGGAGUCAGAGAACUAUGAAGGCACCAUGGAUCCUUCUCAAGUUCCAGAACAUUGGCCACAGGAAGGCGAGAUCAAGAUUCAUGAUCUGUGUGUCAGAUAUGAAAAUAAUCUGAAACCUGUUCUUAAACAUGUCAAGGCUUACAUCAAACCUGGGCAAAAGGUGGGCAUAUGUGGUCGCACUGGCAGUGGGAAGUCAUCUUUAUCUCUGGCUUUCUUCAGAAUGGUUGAUAUAUUUGAUGGAAAGAUUGUCAUUGAUGGGAUAGACAUUUGUAAGCUACCGCUGCACACACUCCGUUCUAGACUUUCCAUUAUUCUGCAGGAUCCGAUCCUGUUCAGUGGUUCCAUUAGAUUUAAUUUAGAUCCGGAGUGUAAAUGCACAGAUGACAGACUCUGGGAGGCGCUAGAAAUUGCUCAGCUAAAAAAUAUGGUCAAAUCUCUACCGGGAGGUCUAGAGAAUGAAUUCCUCUAUGCACAAGAAUUUGAUGCAGAAAACAUUUUGCAAAAAGUGGUCAUGACAGCCUUCGCAGACCGCACCGUUGUUACGAUAGCUCAUCGCGUUCACACGAUUCUGACGGCAGACCUGGUUAUUGUGAUGAAACGAGGAAAUAUUUUAGAAUACGACACUCCAGAAAGCCUCUUGGCUCAGGAAGAUGGAGUAUUUGCUUCUUUCGUUCGUGCAGACAUGUGAAGAGGUGUCUUAAAAUGAUACAUGUAUUUAAAGUAACAUAGUCAUAACCUGUUCAAUGGAUCAUCAGAUUGACCUUUGUGCCAAAUCUUAAAAUUUACAGAUUUUUGCACAAGAGAAGUUGGCAUUUCCCUUUCCUGCUUUUCUAAGUAUAUUUUUCAGUUUUCUAAGAUAUUACUGCUAACUGUAUUCAUAACUGGUGUUUUUAUAAUGAUCGAGCCACUCUGCCUUUAAGAACAGCAGGUUGUAUUAAAACCUGUAAGCUACUUUAACAAAUCGAUAGCUUAUGUUUUCUCAUAACUUUGGUAAAUAUCUCUCAGGCAUAGAAGUCAGUAUUAUUAUACUCUUAUUUGUAAGAAUAUAUUUUCCUGGUUGUUGGAGUCUCCAGAUGUCACUGGAAGAGAAUUAAAAAAGCGCACACUUCCUAAUGAAACAUUCAUGGCUGUUAUCUACUUUGUGAUUAAUAUUUUUGUACUCAUUAAUAUUAAUAACACUGGUUUCCAGCGUUCUUUCUUUUCCAAGUCUAAAUUGUUCCCUGUCAUUAAGAAGUGAUCGCAUUUAUCAUAGUUCUAUAAAGCCAAAACCUUAACUAGAAGGAUCAUAAAAAGAGCAUGGAUAUUUGAAAAAUUAUUCACAAGUUGCCAUAUUUUCCUGUUCAGUAAGGAGAGGGUUCUUACAAUAUCAGGCAUAAUGUGUCUUCUUUAGGCUGAAGUUCAAGAGUGGUCAAGUUCAGUUUGUCAAUCAUCAUUAGCUGUGAUUGAUUCUGAGUGCUAGUGCCACACAGUUCAAGAUUUAGAGGAGCAUAGGGAAAUGGCCUUACUUGUCAUAGGGUACAGACACAAAUACACACACACACACACACACACACACACCCAUUUCUUAGCCAUAUGCUAAUAAUGGCAGGUGAACAUUCCUUGAAGGUGCCAGACAGUACCAUGGCAGGGUGGAAAUAUCUUACACUUUGCAGAUAUAAGAAUAUAUAACAAGUAUCUAUUUCUAGUUGGAACAUUUAAGCCCAAUAAUGUCACACAUGAGUCCAUUUGCUGCUGCUCUUUUUUAAAUGUACAUGUAAAAAUCAUACCAAAAAUGUUAUUGUGAUUUUAGUGUGCAUGUAAAGAGUAUAUCAAAAAUUGAUGGAUAUUCAUUUUAUUUUUUGCUUAAAUAUAAAUUAAUAAACUUAAAAGUUACUUCCAUUGUCAUGCUAGCAACCAUGGUUUCUACAAUUCUGUGUCCACUCAGUAUAAAUUUUUUUUUUUUUUUGAGACAGAGU